AUGUUCCGCAUCUUCAACCGCAUGGUCCCCUACCCCCGCCCAAUGGGCUUCCUCAUCCCCAAGCCGGAAGUCUACAAAGGCCUCGACGCAAUCCAACAACACGGCAUCGCGACCUCAGACUUUGCCCAGAGCACAGGAUACGUCAACUGCCUAGCCAUCACACAACAGGACAAACUCCGCGAACAGCUAGCCGACCUCAAAGAAUGCCAGCUACACGACCACGCGCGCAUGGAUGAGGAUUACAGUAUGAGGAUGCUGGCUGCGAACAUGCAGUUCUUCCCCGGUGGUCUCGGUUCCAGAGAGCCGACUGAGAAUGAGAAGAGGUAUCCGAGGAAGAUGUCGAGUAAUGAUAUCUUGAUGGCGAAGAGGAUUGAGAAGUGCUAUCGGAGGCGGAUGAAGGCUCUCAAGGAGGAGAAGAGGAAGAAUGCGAUUUGGUUGGAUUUGUGGUAUGAUAAGCAGGUUGUCAAGAUUGAUCGCUUGUUGAAGAAGGAGUGGGAUCAGAGUGGGGGGUGUGAGGGGUACCCUUAUUGGGCGGAGGAAGGGCGCGAGGUGAAGCGCAAGGUGAAGUGUUCGGCAAAGAGCUCAGCGAAAUGA